GGGCGGGGGCGGGGCCUGCUCGGCGCUCGGCGUUCCCCGGGCCUGCUCGGCGCUCGGCGUUUGGCCGGCCGCCCUGCGUACGCUACGCAUGGCGGCUCGGGCUCCGGCGCAGCAGUCAUGUCGACCGCCAUGAACUUCGGGACCAAGAGCUUCCAGCCGCGGCCGCCGGACAAGGGCAGCUUCCCGCUGGAUCACUUCGGUGAAUGUAAGAGCUUUAAGGAGAAAUUCAUGAAGUGUCUCCGUGACAAUAAUUUUGAAAAUGCUUUGUGCCGAAAUCAGUCAAAAGAAUAUUUAGAAUGCAGAAUGAACAGGCAAUUGAUGGCUCAAGAGCCGCUGGAGAAACUCGGAUUUAGAGAUUUGAUAAAUGGAAAAUCGGAGGCAAAAAAUGAAUUUUGAUGAGAAGA